AUGCGCAGGCCGCGAUGCGGCGUCGCCGACAUUCGCGCCUACAGCCCGUUGACGAGAAAGUGGCCGAGGGCGCAUCUCACGUGGAACUUCAAACUAGCGAACAGAGAUACUCUGCGCACGACUCAGAGCGCGUUCUCUCUGUGGUCCGAGCAAUCCGCUCUGACGUUCUCGCGCGACUCGCUGCGCCCCGAUAUACUGAUAUCCUAUCAAUCCGGCGCUCACGCGUACGAAAACAGCGACAACGGGGGCUCGUGCCCGUCGCCGUUCGCGGGACCGGGAUCGGUCGUCGCUCACGCGUUCUUUCCGACGGGAGAGCCCGAUCAGGUGAUCGAGGUGCACGUCGACGAGACGGAGCCGUGGCACAUCACGCUGACCAAGCCCUCGUCGGACAGGCUGUAUCUCCUUCAGACGCUGACGCACGAGAUCGGUCACACUCUGGGUCUGACUCACAGUACGAGGGAUGACUCGGUCAUGUACGCGUACACGCCUUCGGAGGAAAGGCGAUAUCCGCUAAGGCUGAGCGUAGAGGACGUCAGACCGUCGGGCGAUAUCGCGAUAUUCGUCGGCGACUACGUCUACCUCGCCGAUUCGAAUUUUCAUCUUAAAGCGGGAUGGCCUAGAUCCGUCGAAUACGACGGAUUUCCCCGCGACGCUAGGAUAAACGCCGCGAUAAACACGCACGCCGGACGCAGUUACGUCAUAUACAACGACGAUAAGAUAGCCGAGAUGAACGACUGCGCGAUGACCGUCGCGAGGCACGGCGCUCUGCGGGACACGUUUUCCGGGAUACCACCCGCGAUAACGGCCGCCUUCCGUCACGUCGACGGUAAUCUCUAUUUUCUGAAGAAACGCGACUAUUACGCGUACAGCGAGUUCCUCGACGCGAUAAUCUCGGCCGGUCCCUUCGAUCUUAGCAUACUGGGAAUAGAAUGCCCAGCCGAUGGCAUUCUGCAUCGAUUGAGCGAACUCGUCUCCAAGCUGUAUCGCCUGGAAUACGCGUCCUUCGAAAGACCGCGCAACGGCGACGACGAUGACGAUGACUAA